AUGAUUCAACCUCAGGCCCAUUUGAAUGUAGUAGACAACAGCGGGGCUCGAGAAUUGAUGUGUAUUCGAAUCAUAGGAGCUAACAACCGCCGAUAUGCUCGUAUUGGUGACAUUAUUGUUGCUGCGAAUAAAGAAGCAAUACCCAACACACCCUUAGAAAGAUCAGAAGUGAUCAGAGCUGUAAUUGAAAGCUUGCAGAUUAUUAAAGAAAAGAAGUUGCAGGUGCCUCCUGUUCACGCAGUAGUAGUAGGAAGUAAUAUAAGUGCACAAACUAAAUUUGAAACAGAGCUCCGCAGCUUUGUUACAGAGAAAAAGAUUCAGAAUCGUGUUCACUUCAUUAAUAAGACCCUGACUGUAGCUCCGUAUCUUGCUGUAAUUGAUGUUCUUGUCCAAAACUCACAGGUACUUCACUGCUUGUUUUGA